AACUCAGCACAAAUACCUGAUCAGGUGAGACUUGGAGAACUCUGAAACAAAGGAGGAAAGCUAUUUACCAAAAAGCUGAACAUCAACCCAAAGACACAGAAGAGAAAAGCUUCUUCUUUUCUUCUUCAUCCUUCUUCUCUAUCUUUCUUUCAACUUCUUCCUAUGUUAUAUAUAUAUAUAUACACGUAUAUAUACAUAUAUAGUUUAUCAUGUUAACCAGUAAUACUUCUUCUUCAAUUCCUUCUUCUGAGCCGUUCUCUUGCUUGGAGAAUGGAAGCAGCAAUAAAAAGAGGAAAAGAAGACCGGCCGGGACUCCGGAUCCGGACGCCGAAGUUGUUUCUUUGUCACCGAAGACGCUACUGGAGUCGGAUCGUUACGUGUGUGAGAUCUGCAACCAGGGUUUUCAGCGAGACCAAAACCUGCAGAUGCACAGAAGAAGACACAAGGUUCCAUGGAAGCUGCUCAAGAGGGAGACGCCGGUGGUGAGAAAGCGAGUGUUCGUGUGCCCGGAGCCGAGCUGCCUGCACCACGACCCGUGCCACGCCCUCGGCGAUUUGGUAGGCAUCAAGAAACACUUCAGAAGAAAACACAGCAACCACAAACAAUGGGUGUGUGAGAAAUGCUCAAAAGGGUACGCAGUUCAAUCGGAUUACAAAGCUCAUCUCAAAACCUGUGGCACCAGAGGCCAUUCCUGUGAUUGUGGCCGUGUUUUCUCAAGAGUUGAGAGCUUCAUUGAGCAUCAAGAUGCUUGCAGCAUGGGCCGUCUGCGGCCGGAGCCGCAGGCCCUACAGCCGGCUUGCUUGUCGAGAACUGCUUCGAGUCCAAGUCCUUCUAGUGACAACAAUUUGAGCACCUCUCCGUGGCCAAAUUUGAUGGUGCCAAAGCCAACAAUGGAGGCGAUUUUGAAGAGCCCUUUGAAAAAGAAUGCAAAUUAUUAUCACAAUUUGGAGCUCCAGCUUUUGACGACUUCAAACUCUCUCGAAGUCUCGGUUUCUCCAAAGAAUAUUGAUGAUAAUCAUUCCACCCAGUUGCAGCUCUCCAUCGGUUCAUCAGAUUUUAGUGAUCAUAAAAAUGGUGGUAAAAUGGCUAACUCUCCAAGGGAAAGCACUACAAAUAAUGAGAAGCAAUCAACCACGGUGCAGGCUUCAAGGGUUAAGGAGCAAGCGAGAGAAGAGUUGAGAAUGGCCAUGGCUGAGAAGGCUUAUGCAGAAGAAGCACGAGAGGCUGCCAAGAGACAGAUUGAACUCGCUGAACAAGAAUUUGCCAAUGCCAAAAGGAUUAGGCAACAAGCACAAACCCAGUUGGAAAAAGCUCAAACUUUGAAAGAGCAUGCAAUCAAGCAAAUCAAUUCUACAAUGCUGAACAUCACUUGCCAUAAUUGCCAGCAACAGUUUCAAACAAGACUGCCUCCGGAUCACCAUGAAAAGACCUUCCCUUUAAGUUACAUAUCAUCUGCAACAACAACAACAACAACAACAACAGCAGCAGCAAUAGAAGGUGAAGUAAUAAACAAAGGCAAUGGAAAAUCUAUACUAGUUCAUCAUCCAUAAAAUCCCAUAUAUGUUGAUCUUUUUCUUAGUAAAAUACCUAGUGGGGUGAUUUGAAAUUUGUGUAAUGUGUUCUUAUUGGUUGAUAAAUUGUAUAAUGAAUGCAAAACUGGUUCUGGGUUACCAUGGAAACUUGGCAAUAAUAUGAUUAAGUGGGAGAACUAUUUCAUUGAA